GUCAUGAAGACAGAACCGUUUAGGCGAGAACUUUUUUAGCCAUCAGAAAAAAACCGAGACAAGUGCAAGUUUUGUGAUCGGUGCUGCUGCCGCUGAGAAAAACCAUCGUGGGCUUGCGAUUUUUUCGUCUCCAGAAGCUAAAAUCAUUAGAAGUUGUAGCUCACUACCCCCGUGUACGCUCGAACGUGUGUUCCGAUAGCUGCAGUCAGUGAAAUCACACCGGAAAGAUGCCUUCCAGCGAUCCCCUGCCUCCCAAGGAGAGUGCCCUUUUUCGUAAGAUUCUAAAAUGUUACGAAAUGAAGCAAUACAAAAAUGGGCUGAAACUGGCGAAGCAGAUCCUUACUAAUCCGAAAUUUACCGAACAUGGCGAAACACUGGCAAUGAAAGGUCUUACGCUGAACUGUCUUGGACGGAAGGAGGAGGCCUAUGACUACGUUCGACGGGGUUUGCGCAAUGAUCUGAAAUCGCACGUUUGCUGGCACGUGUACGGUCUGCUGCAGCGGUCAGACAAAAAGUACGAAGAAGCCAUUAAGUGCUACCGGAAUGCGCUCAAGUGGGAAAAGGAUAACAUUCAAAUCUUGCGUGAUCUGUCAUUGCUGCAGAUACAGAUGCGCGAUCUGGAAGGCUACCGGGAUACCCGGCACCAUCUGUUCAAGUUGCGUCCCUCGCAGCAUGCUUCGUGGAUCGGGUUCGCCAUGAGUUAUCACCUGUUGGGAGAUUUUGAAACCGCUAUGAACAUUCUGGAGACGUUCCGAGCCUCGCAAACAGUGGAAACAUAUGACUACAAACAUAGUGAACUACUUCUAUACCAGAACCAAGUGAUUCAAGAAUCGGGUAAUUACGAGAAAGCUCUCCUGCAUCUGCAUAAGUACCAAUCGCAAAUACUUGACACACUCGCUGUGAAAGAGACUAUGGGUGAAUUGUGCCUUAAGCUCAAUCGCUACGAGGACGCCGUUGGAGUUUAUAAGGAUCUGAUCAAACGUAAUCCGGAGAAUAUCGCCUAUUAUGAGCAAUAUCUGAAGGCACUACAAGUCAAGAAUAGUUCCGAGCAGAUUGCAGCAUACCAGCAAAUUCAAACUGAGUAUCCGCAAUCAUUUUGUGCAAAACGAUUGCCAUUGGAUGUAGCCCAAGAUGACGCGUUCCGUACACUCAUUGACGAACAUCUCCGAAGAAAUCUUCGGAAAGGUGUUCCACCGCUUUUCGUUAACCUGCGCUCACUGUAUCAGGAUGAGAAAAAAGUCCGCGUUAUAACGGAGCUGGUCGAAGGUUAUCAUCAAAAUUUGACUAGCAGCGGUUUCUUUUCUCCUGUAGACAAGGAACAAAAAUUACCCAAAGAGCCAGCGUCUGCAUUACUGUGGACACUUUUCUAUCUAGCGCAGCACUACGAUCAUCUGCGUGAAUCGGAAAAAGCUCUGGAUUUCAUUAACGCUGCCAUCGAUCAUACUCCAACAUUGAUAGAGCUUUUCGUCACCAAGGGCCGCAUCUACAAACACGCUGGCGAUGUUCUCGAAGCGGUCAAAUGGAUGGACGAAGCUCAAAGUCUCGAUACGGCCGAUCGGUAUAUCAAUUCUAAGUGUGCAAAGUACAUGCUACGUGCCAAUCAAAUUAAGGAAGCAGAGGAAAUUUGCGCCAAGUUCACACGAGAGGGUGUCUCAGCCAUGGAAAAUCUCAACGAGAUGCAGUGCAUGUGGUUCCAAACGGAGUGUGCCCUAUCCUAUCGCCGGUUAGAAAAGUGGGGAGAAGCGCUGAAAAAGUGUCACGAGAUCGACCGGCAUUUCUCCGAAAUCAUUGAAGACCAGUUCGACUUCCAUACGUACUGCAUGCGUAAAAUGACACUCCGGUCAUAUGUGGGCUUGCUACGGUUAGAGGAUGUGUUACGAAGGCAUCCUUUUUACUUUAAGGCAGCCAAAUGCGCUAUAGAGGUCUACCUUCGCCUUUUUGAUAAACCGCUUCCGGCCGAAUCUGCCGAAGAAGAACUUGAUAUUGAAAACUUACCCCCAUCAGAACUGAAGAAGUUGCGCAACAAGCAACGCAAGGCAGCAAAGAAAAAGGCUGAACAGGAAAAUGCUCAAGCUGCUCAAGCGAACCAGAAGAAAGAACAACACAACAAGCAACGUAAUCCGAAUCAAGAUGGAGAUCCGGAAGCGCCUCAGCUGGACGAGUUGAUACCGGAUAAACUAGCCCGUCCGGAAGAUCCUCUCGAAAAAGCCGUCGAGUUCCUCCGCCCGCUUCAACAGCUUGCCAAAGAAAGUAUCGAAACACAUUUAAUGGCGUUUGAAAUUUACUACCGCCGAGGCAAGCUGCUGUUAAUGCUGCAAUCACUGAAACGGGCGCACGCUAUUGACCCCACCAAUCCAACGUUGCAUAAUUGUGUGAUCAGAUUUUUCAAGAUUCUGGAAAGUAAAACAGCUGGCAAUGAGCUGGAAGAAACCGUGAAAAUGGUCAUCGAUCGGGAACGGGUAAAGCUUUUCGGAGAAUCGAAAUCCGCCGCUGCGAUCAAUGAUGGCUAUCUUGCAGCGAACCGUGACAAUGCCGAAGCGAGAUACGUAGUGGCGAAGGUGAUGUACCAACUGAACGAAAAGAGACAAGACGAAGCGAUUAAAUUGCUUACUAGUGCAGAUCUUAAAACAGUGACAUUAGAGGAUGCGACAAAAGUGUUACUGCUAUUGAAAUCGAACUUUUUCGGAAGUGUAACUGAGGAACAAAUAGAUGCAUUUAAGAAAAGUUGCCAAAAGCGGUUUCCGCUAGCGGUUGUGUUCGCCGAUGUUGCCUCAACGAUUGCCACCCUCACCACAACACAAUCAUCGUCGCCAACGUCAUCGGCGACGGUCACUACCAGUGCCACCGGAAUGACCAUGUGUCCGGUGGAGCAGCAGUCGAAAACAACGCAACAACAGCAAAACAAGGGAAGUGAAAUAAAAGCAAACUAAUAUAUUCUAUUUGCGCUUAAACCGACAGUAGAGGACACAAGUUCCGCCGUUUCCACUGGUAAGAAUGCAGUGGGCAAACAUUAUAGUGGAGUGACAGUUUAGUUCUUCUGAUCUUUUUCUUGAGAACUAUGUUAGCUUCAUAUGCUAAUAUAACAAUAUCAAGGAGAAGUUCAAACAAAAUGAUCAAAAUCGUGUAUUCAGUUGGAACGUCAGGACUGAAAGAGAGCAAAUCACUGUACUAUUGUUCAUAUUAUCAUUUCAUUUAAAUUGUACAUUAUCAUUAGGGAUGGUCUAUAGGAUUAAAGCUUAGCUUUCCUUAUCGAAUAAUAACAAUAUACAGACAUUGACUCGUGUGAAUAACAAUCAAAUUUCGCUAAGGCAAACAUUUUUGGCACACACUAUAAAGUCGGGUAAAAUCCUUCAACAUAUUUUUUGUGAAAAAACGAUUAGCUCGCUAACUACCUGGCGUAGUUAUCCGUCACUAGAGGCAUAUCUCAUUAAAACAAUUUUUACCGUCAAAAAUCAUGUUGAUAAAUUUACGGUUUAUUUUUCGGAUACAAUUUUGACAUUUUCAAACAUGUGCCAAAUUGCAAUUUGGUACUUGAGUGAAGAAAACAUUCAUGGUGUUAAUAUUUCUUUUUCGCAAUGGGUAGAUGUUAAACUGUUUUCACAGUUUUUCAUUAGAAUACUCGUGAUAAACAAACUCUGCAACUGCAGUCGAUUAAACCCCUCCUAAACAACAAAAACUUUACCAAUUGUUUUCAAUUCCAAAUUGUUAACAAAGUCUAUUAGUAUGAAACAUAAGAACAUGAUGACUAUUGAAUAGUCUCUUUUGUUCAAUACAAUAUAUUGGAAGAACACCUUUAGAAUGGAAGGGUCCGGUAUAAGGCGAAGUAAUUCAAUUCUUCUGAAACCACGGAAUAUGUGGAAAAUAUUACAUGUCCGCCGUAGUCAGAUAAGGAGAAGCCCAUUGGCGUAGCCAGAAAGUUGGUCUGGGGGGGGGGGGUCCUGAACAUUUUUUUUUUCAUCUAAAAACAAAAUUUUCUAAAAAUUUCGUCUCUGGGGGGGGGGGGUUAUGUCCAAACCCCCAACCCAGUUAACUUGAAUUUUACCAUACCUAAUACUCCUUUAAAAAUACACAUUUGCCAGGAAUAAGGCAUAUGAUUACAUGAUUCCUUCAUUUCAAUCACGUAUUUGUCCGUAAUAAGGCGAAAGAGUUAGCAUCUAUUGAGUUCUUCAGUAAACCCGAGAAAAUACUGAUAAGUGUGCAAUAAUAGAAAAGCGUUCUGUCACGAUCUUUGAUAAUAAUAUGCCACUUUAUCGCUUGUUGUAUGCGUAUUAUUAGAAGUCUUUUUGUCUGUGGUCAAGCUGUUGGAGUAUUUUUACAUUAAAAAGAUAUCCUAAUAAAGCUGAAAUUGAAUGCUUUUGAGGCUGCCAAAUUUAAGAUGUGAAACAAAUCUGAAAUUUCAAAGCGAUUCGUGUAGUAACUUCAUUUGAAAAUACGCUGCCCAUUCAGCCUUUUGAGAAUUCGAUCUUUCAUGAUUAAAUUUUCGGUAGUACAUCUCAUUAUAACUCGAACUCAAAAAUUGAGGUUGAUUCAAUGUUUUAUUUUAUUUGAAAAGAUUACGAUGCAUUGAAAACUGCCAGGAGCUUGGGUCAUAGUUUAAAUUUGUACUUCGUAAUCUAAUUGAUUUUGUUUGUGUAUCAAGUCUCCAAAAUUGUUAUUUAUCUCGGAUAAGUAUUUAUAUGAUUUACAUUGACUCCACUGUCAUGGAUCACACAUUAACAUAAUAUGAGUCUUUUCCAUUUCAACAAGCCAAAUGGAGUAACUAAUUAUAGUCACAAUGUGAUUCAUGUAGGUAUGUAAUCAGUAUGAAAUAUGUUGGUUUUAUUUACAAUAGAAAUCCUUAUCUAUUGCAAGUACUGUUGUCUCCGAAUAUUAUAAAUAGAUUGAAUUAGUAAAUUUUUUUUUUACUGCAUAUUCGUUAUGGAAAUGGAAAAAAUGCAACCUCAGUUGACAGGAAAACUACAGUACCCGUGUGUUUCUCUUUAAUUAAGUGUAGCUCUCAUACUCAGUCAAGGAAACAUCUUAUUCACAGUCCAUACAAAUCGAGAAGGAAGAAACCCAGUGGAAUAACUAUCGUGAUGACAGAACAUAAAAUAACGUUUAAUUUCGAACUGGCUUUGUUGGUUAGGAAAAGGCGAGCAACCCCACAAAGCAAUUGUCUUUUAAAUAACACAAAUGAAAUAUAGUCGGAUAGCCAGAAACAGAGCAAAACAAAUCAGACGUGUCUACCAAGCAAAUCAGACGUGUGUGUGAACUCUAAACCAGAAUAAUAGAAGGAGCUUAGAAAUGGUCA